UAUAAACCCAAAAUGGGUUUUUGGUGAUUCAGAUAGAGCAUAAAAAGUUGGUUAGUAACUUCUAGAUUAGUUUUUGCGUUAAAAUUUUAAUUUCGGAGAUAUUGGGCGGCAAAGUCAAUUUUUUUAAAAAAAAGUAGCGCGCAAUGGGGGACUGGGAACCAGGAACACGUCCAUUUACUUUACUAUGAAACAUAAUACAGUUCUAGUAAACAAAUUGGAAAUAUCUGGCCAUUUUUAAAUAAAAGUUCUUGAAAUGUCGAGCUCUAGUUCAUUUUCGAGUGUGAAUAGCAAUACUGCUACCAUUAUGCCAUAUGAAAUGGAAGACGAGCGUAAAGAAAGCGAGAAAUGCGACGCAGAAUUCGAUCCUGAUAUUCCGGAGGACAGCCAAAUGGAUGACAACACAGACCCCGAGGCCUACUUUGACGAACCUAUCGCGGAUAAUGUUUGGCUAGAAAAUUAUAACAGAGCGCGGGAAGAAAAUAACCAAACAAUGGCAGAACUAGAACUCCGCUGGAAUGGAAGAAAAACUUUAACUUCCUGGUGCAGUUGUGGUAACUGUAGCAUUGAAAUGCUGCAAAAUGCUAAAGAGUGUCGUUGUUGCCACGAAAUCGAGGGUUGCGCAAAAUUUAUUGAUGACUUUUCUGAGGAGUCAAGUGAGGAACAGAAAUUGACUUGUAUAGUUAAUCAUCCUGGUUUUCCAGCUGUUUGCUUAAACAGAUGGUCGUUGGAGCUUGCUGCUGACAAUUUCAAAACCCGUCAGGGUCAUAGAUAUAAGCAAAGUGGCUCAAAACAAAGAUUUCUGAGAGUUGUUGCCUAUCGACAAUUUACUCGCAUGGUGCAUGGCCGAUUAAGGGACAAAAGAAUUCCAUUGCCUUCUUGUGCAUACAAUGCUAUACGUUUAACACAUAAACCCAUGGAUGGUGCAUUCACUGGCUAUGAAGAACUGGAGACAGAUGAAGAAAGCGAAUAAUAUUGCUUUGGUUCAAAUGUAAAUUGUGUAAAAAUGUAUGAACAAAU